AUGGAGCAGUCAUUCAAUUGUUGCAUACUUUUAAGCAAUACUUCUGGCACUUUUACAUUUGGAAAUUUAUCGGUUGACAUUUUCAAUAACAAUAAUAAUAAAUUUGUUGAUUUUGUUGAUAAAAAAAUCAGCUUAAACAAAUUCAAAGUUGUCCAUAUUAGAGAUCAAAUCUGUCGAAUAAAAAAUGUUGCUAUUUCUGAUAAUAUGAAACUUUGGAAACUUAAUGAUAUCAAAUAUAGAGAUAUUCACGGUCAAAAUAUUUCUACCAAUGAAGACGUUGUACAAAAACUUCAUGGAAUAGAAAUGGAACUUCAUGAACUUUUUGAAGAAUAUUUUCGAGAUGAAAUAGAUAAUCCAAAUUUUGCAGUGUCUAACAUCCAUAUUAUCACUAUAAUCCCCACCACUGGUCAACUUGUUGGAAUUAGCAAGUCAGUUGGAUCACUUGAGGAGACCUUGUCCGUUAUCUUACAGAACAUACCAACUGAAAAAAUUAAAACAUCAAAUAAGACAAUCAAAAUCCCGGAAAAAAUGCCACUAAAGGAACGUGAUAUUAAUGAAUCAUUGAUGGUAUUUAACAGUAAUGUUAACAACUCUUUUGAUCCAACAACUUCCAAAUCGAAUUUUGACUUCCUUGUCUGUAGCGGGGCGGCCGGAAUAGGUAAAACCCGUUGGGGAAAGGAGUUCUUCAACUCUAUUGAACGAGAUUGGAAGCCACCAUCGAAACCACAGGAUUGGGAGGACAACUUAUGGAGUUGGAAAGAACCACACUUUCUCUAUCUUUUUCUUGAUUUUGUAAAUGGUGUUCGCCUUUCUGACCUUGAUGUAAAUCAGUCAGCAUCUAUCAUUCUUGGGCUUAGGAUAGCCUAUGACUAUUUUGCGCGUGAUAAAAUGUCAUUUGAAGCCUUUCAGUUUCAGGCACUUUACUUUAUUGAUCGUUUCAGAAUAAAUUGUGUGCUCAGUUGGAUUCAAGAAUCAUUAAAUCUUCGCCCUGAACAAAAGCUCAUAAUAAUUCUUCACAUUGAUGAAUAUCAAGAAAUUUUCACUUUCGAAGACAAUUGGAAAGCAGGACUGACCGACAAAGGACUUUUUAAAGAAAUUUUGUAUGCCCUCGGACCUUUGAUGAUAGAUUCUAAUAUCAAAUAUUAUGUUCAAACAUUUUUAUCAGGGACAGUAACACGAGAUGUUACCAAGAACUUUAAACCAACAGAAUAUUCCUUCAAAUUUGUUCAGUGUCCCCUUUUAUCAACUAAAUCAAUUAUUGAAAUAGUUGAUUAUUUUGCUAAACAAGUAGAUAAAGAGGGAUAUUGGAUGUCCAACACCAAAUUUUUACAGCUUUUGUACGAUACUGGUGGACUUCCACGAGCAUUGGAAACUGUUCUUGAAGAAUGUUACAAAAGAGAAUCAUUCUUUCUAAAACUGAAAGAUAAAAAUUUUACUUUAUUUAACGAUAUGUUCCAUGCUAUAAUUAAUAGCCUAACAAAGAAGUAUAAAUUAGACAAGUUUAUUGGGAAUAACCACAAAGCUAGUUAUCAGCUUUUGUACUAUUGCAUUGGAGCCAUUCCAGUUCAGCUUGAUACAAUUAUCAGUAAGGUGCCAAUGGUUUUGACGAUAGAAAACAUGGAGCGCGAUGGAUUUUUGAUUCUAACUAGUGAUGGUCCUAAUUACUUGAUUGAAAUGCCUUUUUACUUUAUUUACAUAUACAAUACAUGGUUGAAUAUAAUCCCUGCUACUAUACACAAAACGUUCCAGCCUGACUCAAAGAUGGCCUGGGAUACCUGGGAGAUUUUUGUAGCUAACUAUGAGAUAUUUCGCAAUAACCUAUUGGUUGAACUAGAGCAUUAUAAAGAAAUUCCUUUGAGGAAAUUUUAUCGCGGAGCAAUCGGCAAAGACUCUGUUCUGAACAUUUGGAUUAGGCUCGAAAAGCUUGACUUAUGUGAUGCAAAAAAUCAAUUUCCAAAAACUGGUCUUCCAAUUAACCGCUCAAACAACGAAGUCAUGAAGCUGGAUGGCUUGGUCUUUAUAAAUGGCCAUUCGGCAAAAUUUGCUGAUGUCUUUUUAGUACGUAAAACAGUUCCUGAAAAUAAAAAUCUUAUUAUAGGGUUCCAACAAAAAUGGUACACUACUUCGAAAGAACUUACUAUAGAUGAUAUAAAAGAUGAAUGUAAUAAGAACAAUAAUGCUUUCAAACAUACAAAAGAUAGGGAUUUGAAGAAAUUUCUUAAGAAAUCUAUUAUUGUGACUGUCAUCUUCACAUCGCGACCAUUCAAAGCGAACCCCAAAGAUUUACCAAAUAACUGCCUGGUUAUUUCAAAGGAGAACUUCAAGCAGUAUUUUGGCCCCUUGUUUUCCUCACGAUUGACUUUUGAUAUUAUAAAUAAUCUCAAUAUCAAUUCCGCAGAACCCAAACGAAUCGCUGAAGCGAUUAAUGGGAUUGGAGAAAUUUUAUCUAAGGCCAUAUAUGACAACCGUCCUUACAAAAGUGUAAACGAUCUUAUUGAAAAGAACUUAACUUAUAAAGAGCAACUUGAGAAUGCUAGAACACAGCUGGAAAAUUGCUCAUACGCUCCAUAUUCAUUCUUUCUAGAUAAUGAGCAUGAUUUAAUGAUGUUAGAUGAAUGUGAUUCAUACUCAAAUUAUAAUAUUUCUGAUAUAGACAUGGAAGUUGACUUAUGA